AGAUUUGUCGGAAUCUGUCGUUAAUCUUAAUCAUGUUUUACAGUGGACAUCAAAUUGACAUGAUAUGUUUUCAGAAUGUAAAAUAGUCAUUGUGAAAUGUUUUUUGUUUUUGUUUUUUUCACAGAUGACCACAGUUGGAGAAGAUGCCCUGCUAGAUGGGGGCUCGAAGCCUGUCCUUUCAAACACCGAAGGGGAUGAUGAUGCUACUCGUCCGAUAAUCACUAAACAGAUGACCACAGUUGGAGACGAUGCCCUGCUAGAUGGGGGCUCGAAGCCUGUCCUUUCAAACACCGAAGGGGAUGAUGAUGCUACUCGUCCGAUAAUCACUAAACAGAUGACCACAGUUGGAGACGAUGCCCUGCUAGAUGGGGGCUCGAAGCCUGUCCUUUCAAACACCGAAGGGGAUGAUGAUGCUACUCGUCCGAUAAUCACUAAACAGAUGACCACAGUUGGAGACGAUGCCCUGCUAGAUGGGGGCUCGAAGCCUGUCCUUUCAAACACCGAAGGGGAUGAUGAUGCUACUCGUCCGAUAAUCACUAAACAGAUGACCACAGUUGGAGACGAUGCCCUGCUAGAUGGGGGCUCGAAGCCUGUCCUUUCAAACACCGAAGGGGAUGAUGUUGCUACUCGUCCGAUAAUCACUAAACAGGUACAUUCAUGUUUAUCACUUCAAAUGUAAUUAUAGUCUCUCUCAUAGCCUUGCUUUUUCAGUUUUUGUGUUUUUAAAGCUAGCCAAAAUAGGAAAGGAAGUAUAUUUUGGUUGUGUUCUGGUUCAAAUGAAGACAGCCAAAAAGUUUAAUGUGAUGCAACUAUAAGAUGUAUGGUAGUGGGAUAUUUAAAAUAUAUUUUAACCUUCAGAGGGACUUUCUUUCUAGUUUAAUUAUCACUCUAUUCUGGACACUUACGAUGUCCCCACAACACACCUUUUAG